UUUGUUUUAUUUUUUAUACUUUGCUUUGAUAAGUGCAUAUUUAUAUUUAAGUUUCUAUGCUAAAAAAAAUCAUUCAUUUGCUGAUAUUCUAAUUGUCCGCUCCAUUAUGCAGUCGCUCGUUAAUAUAGGCAAAUUUCUAGGCCGACAUGGUACUCUUCAGAAUCCUGCAAUAAGGCGUAUUGCCUGUUUAUCUGCACUGUCUGAUACCCAUCAAAUGUUACAGAAAACAUGUAGAGAUUUUGUUAAUGCCGAAAUAGUACCAAGAGCAGCUAAACAUGAUCGUGAACAUUUAUAUCCUGAAGAUCAGUUGAAAAAAAUGGGUGAACUGGGACUUAUGUCUAUAACAACUCCGGAAGAAUACGGCGGCACGGGUUUGGAUUAUUUGGCAUAUAGCAUAGCAAUGGAAGAAAUAUCUCGUGGAUGUGCAUCAUGUGGUGUGAUAAUGUCUGUUAAUAAUUCGCUAUUUUUAGGGCCAAUUCUURCGUAUGGGACACAAAAGCAAAAAGAUUUUUGGUUGAAACCUUACACCUCUGGWGACAAAGUCGGUUUUUUUGCACUAUCGGAACCUGGAAAUGGUUCAGAUGCAGGUGCUGCCUCUACAACCGCAACGGAAAAGAGCGAUCGCUAUAUUUUAAAUGGUACGAAAAUGUGGAUAACCAGUGGUUUUGAAGCYGGAGCUGGCAUACUUUUCGCCACUACAGAUAAAUCCUUGAAACACAAAGGAAUAUCAGCGUUUAUAGUUCCCAAAGGAUUAAAAGGUUUUACACUUGGAAAAAAAGAGGACAAACUAGGAAUACGAGCAAGUUCUACAUGCCAGCUAAUUUUUGAAGAUUGCGAAAUUCCAAAAGAAAAUAUUUUAGGYAAAUCUGGUUAUGGAUUCAAAAUUGCAAUGCAAUCUUUGGACGCAGGUCGAAUUGGUAUUGCAAGUCAAGCGCUAGGUAUAGCUCAAGCCUCGCUAGAACUGGCGACGAAUUAUGCGCAAAAUCGUAAUUCUUUUGGCAAACCAAUUGCUAAAUUACAAAUUAUCCAACAAAAGCUGGCGGACAUGGCGGUAAGGGUAGAAUCAUCGCGAUUACUUGUUUGGCGUACAGCUUGGCUGAAAGAUAAUGGUAAAUCAUAUACGAAAGAAGCUGCAAUGGCAAAAGUGGCUGCAUCUGAAGCAGCUACAUUCUGUUCACAUCAAUGYAUUCAAGUUUUAGGAGGCAUGGGUUACGUUAGCGAUAUGGCAGCUGAACGUUAUUAUCGUGAUGCGCGCAUUACGGARAUAUACGAAGGUACAUCCGAAAUACAACGCCUGGUAAUAGCAGGACAGGUUCUGAAAGAACUUGCUGCUUGAUGAUUAUCAGAGACUUGUGUAUAUUUUAUAUAACUAUUUCCGUGGUCAUUUUUCUUUUUUUUCCAAACAUACAUAAGAUAUAAA